AUGGACAGUCACUCGGAGGCUGCGUCGACCUACGAGGUGCUGAUGUUCUCGUCGAAACUUCGACUGCCGCCGAAUUUCACCGAGGAAAAGUGCAUGAGGCUGCUUGAACUGACGCUGAUCGGUGGGGAAAUGACGGAGACUUCGUUUGUGGAGCAGAAGAAGCGCGUGACGGUCGGGGUGGAGGUGCUUGAGCCCGAUCGAUUAGCUCGCACGGUGCUGUGCACGAUCCACCAGCCCAGCAUGUCAUGCUGUGAGCUGUUUGACGGUCUUCUGCUGCUUCAAAAGGGCGGCUACACGGCAUACUUCGGUGAUUUGGGUGACGACUCGGCGAAGAUGCUGGAGUACUUCGCCUAA